AUGGAAGAUGAACCAGUUGCAGAAACAAAGCUAGGCCUCAUCGACCUGCUAUGCAUUGGUGUGGGCUCCACCGUGGGCUCUGGAGUCUUCGUACUGACUGGGCAGGUCUUGCCCAUCGCAGGUGAUGUGCUGGUGAGUGGGGAUCUUCCAGAAGAUAUGGUGGAGAAGCUGGCGGAAGAGUCUCGAGCCAUUCAAUAUGAGUGCAAGGGUUGGCUCUAUGUGAACCCCGAGUCGGAUCCACACUUCAUGCCGGAGAAGAUCAAGUCCAAAGGGUCCAAAGUGGAAGUUUGUCCUUUCAAACCCUCCAAGGAUUUGUCACCGGAAGUGGUGGAGAAGUUGGUGACGUUGGUGGACGAGAUGCCUAGGCCCCUGAUGAUCCAAUGCACCUCGGCCAACCGAGCGGCUGUGGCCUUGCUGCUUUGGAUGGCCAAGGAGCGCGGCUAUACCCAGGGCCCUGCUGAACUCUUGGUGAAGGACCUGAGCUUGGACACUGUGCGGCCGGAGGCUCUUGAGUGGCUCACCAGCCGCUUGCCUGAGGUGCGCACUGGUCGGAUCAUCACCGCCAAGAGCCCAGAGGUGCGACAGCUCUUCGACGAGGAGACCUCCACGUUGACCUACCUGGUGACGUGUCCGGAGACCUCCGAGGCGGUGCUCAUUGACCCGGUGCUGGAGCAAAAGGAUCGAGAUCUUCAGGUGCUCAAGGAGCUGAACUUGAAGCUGAAGUAUGUCAUCAACACGCACUGCCACGCCGACCACAUCACUUCUGGUGGUCUCAUCCGCAAAGACAUGCCAGAGGUGAAGACCAUCAUUUCUGAAGCCUCAGGAGCAAAGGCUGACAUGCACAUCAAGCAUGGGGAUACCAUCAGCUUUGGCAAACUUCAGCUGGAGGUUCGUGCCACUCCUGGACACACUGAUGGCUGUGUCACCUUCAUAUUGAAGACCAAGACCGCAUCCUUUGCCUUUACGGGUGACACCUUGCUGAUCCGUGGCUGUGGCAGAACUGACUUCCAGCAGGGCAACCCACGGCUCCUCUAUCAAAACGUCUAUGAGCAGAUCUUUACGCUGCCGGGUGAGACCUUCAUUUGCCCUGGCCAUGAUUACAAGGGCCGAGGUGUCUCUUCAGUGGAGGAGGAGCGACGAUUCAACCCUCGACUGACGAAGUCUGUUGAUGAGUUUGCCGAGUUGAUGGACAAUCUGGGCCCUUCGGCCAGUCUCAGCUGGGUUUUCGCCGGCAUCGCGUGUUUGCUCAGUGGCUUUGCCUACAUGGAGCUCUCAGCUCGUUUGCCCACGCGCGGCUCCUGCUACACGUUUUCCUACCAUGGCCUGGGCGAGCUUUGGGCCGUGAUUGGGGCCUUCUGCAUUACCCUGGAGUAUGGCAUUUCAGGCGCCGGCGUGGCCCGGAACUGGUCACAGAAGAUGGGCAGUUUCUUAGGUGAUGAGUACAAGCACACCGUCUUCUUUUACUUUGGCAAGGGCACCUGGCCUGCUGAUGCCACAGCAGCACAGUUGGCGGACAACUACGCCAGGACUGACGACAACUAUCUUGAUCUCUCAGCUGCUUUCUUGACAGCGGGAUGCACCUUGCUGUUGAUGGGCGGCCUCUCAUUGAGCAAGGCUGUGGUGAACUUUAUGACUUUUCUGAAAGUCCUGCUGGUGAUUUUCAUGGUGAUUUGCGGCUUCAUUGGUGCCUCGCAGAACAUUUUUGAGUCUGGAGAAGUCUUUGCACCUGGCGGCAUCAAUGGUGUGAUCAACGCGACGACCUUGCUCUUCUUCGGCUUCAUUGGCUUCGACGAAGUGUGCUGCUUGUCCUCCAAGGCGAAGAAUGCUUCUCGAACGAUGCCCUUGGCGCUGAUUGGCACGCUGGCCAUCGCGGCGAUGGUGUCUUUCACAGCUCAACUGGCCAUCUCGUUGAUCUCCCAGCCGGGCCAAGCCAGCGACUUUGGUGUGGCCUUCGAACAGAUGGGUUGGACGGUGAUCUCGUGGAUCGUCCGCCUUGGUGAGCUGAUCUUGUUGCCACUGGUGGUGCUUCUCAGUAUCCUCCCUCAGCCUGAAGUCUCAGCGGCUAUGUCAACUGACAGGUUGAUCCCAUCUAUUUUCCGGAGGCAGGCCAGCGAUGGGACGUUUGUGUGGGGCUUGGCCUUGACAGGAUUGAUUGCUCUCACUGCUUUGGCAUUGGCCUGUCCUUUCAGCAUUCUUUGGGAUGUGAUCAGCUUGGGUGUCUUGCUCAGCUUCAAUCUCAGCAACGCUUCAUUGAUCAACAUCCGCUAUGGCAAUGGUGGCGCGGUGUGCCAGCCAAGGGUCGCCAAGCUGGUGCGUGUCCUUUUCGUUUCUGCCAUUGUGGCCGGCUACAUCAACUGGAAGGAGAUUCUCCAUGUGACCCUAACCAGCUCAACGCAGCCCGAGCUUUGGGCUUUGAUCCUGGGACCAGCUUUCUCAGCCUUGACGGUCUUCUUGACUGUCUACAUCGCUUGCUACUGUAAACAAGUUCAGGACAAGGACCAGGGUGACAUUUUCAAGGCACCGCUGGUGCCAUACAUUCCAGCCCUCGGCAUCUACGUCAACGCGACCCUGAUGGCUGGAAUUAGCUGGACCAACCACUUGGUGUUUGCAGCCUUGCUUGCUGCUUGGUUGCUUUUGUACCUCCUCUACCCAUGUAUGGCACGAGCCAGGAAAGAGGCCAAGGAGGUGUGUGGUGAUGACGGCGACCUUUAA